GUUCCAAUUCCCUCGUGUCUGUGUUACAGCGCGAAAUAGACACAAGACAUUUGCUGACUUCUCGGAUCUCCCUUUUGAUUCAAUUUUUGGCGAGCGCCAUUAGCCAAACCUUUAGCUUCUGUAGAUAUCUACAAAGCUUUUUAGCAGAGAGUUUAAUUGAAUUGUAGGGAGAGUGAGUCAUGGGCAACAGAAACUGGGCAGAAGCUGAAACAGAGUCUUCUUUAAGUGAAGCCUUGUUGUUUGCUAUCAUGUGUAUAAUUGGACUGCCCGUUGAUGUGCAUGUCAGGGAUGGCUCUGUCUAUUCUGGAAUUUUCUACACUGCCUCUGUUGACAAGGACUUCGGUAUUAUUUUAAAGGAAGCAAAAUUGAUUAGGAAUGGGAAAUGUGAUGGAAAUGUGGGCAAUGGGAGUGUGAUAGAAACGCUUGUAAUCCUUUCAGGUGAUCUCAUUCAAGUUGUAGCCAAGCUGUUUCUACAGGGUGAUCUAUUCCCAGCUGAUGGUGCAGUGGGCAAUGUAGCUAGUGAUAAUGCAGAAAGAGCCAUGUUCAAUGUUCCUUCUGAGAUUAUAGUGAGCGAGGCAAAGGAAGCUAACAAUUUGGCCAUGGAUAAAAAUAAAAUAAACGAGAACAGUAGGAUUUCAACCAAAAAGGGGAGUAGUUCUGCUAAGGCUUUCAUGCCAAAAAAAGCUGGAAACGAGUAUGAAGGAAGGAAAAUUUUACCAGAUCAUGCAGCAACAGCCACAGAAGUUGAACCUGGGAAGAGAGGAAGGAUAAAUAUUUCAGAAAGUGGAGAAGAUUUCAAUUCCACAGUAAAUGGAAGACAGAUUGGAGAUAAUGGGUCACAAGCAGAGCAGGAUCAUAACAAACAGAAGUCUGAACUUCAAAGGGAGAGAAGUGAUAAUGAAGUUCAAAGCUCAAGUUCAAUCUCUGGUUUGUGCCUUUUAGAAGCCAAGGCUGUUGUGGAGCAAACGACGAUGAAGUCGUUACCUAAUGAGGGAUCGUGUGAUCCAAAACUUCCACUUGUUAAACCAGACAGUCAAUGCUUUGGAAGUUCUGCUUCUUCAGGCAGCUCUUCUGUAACUGCUGUUUGUUCAAGUAUUUCAACUGCUUCCAAUGUGUUGGUUGAUGUGGCUGCAGAAUCACAUUCUGGUUUAUUAGCUCCUUCAGCUGAUGUGGUUUCUCCACAAAGUUCAGAAUCCAAUAAAAGCUCUAAGGAGUUCAAGCUCAAUCCAGGGGCAAAAAUCUUCUGUCCAUCUUUUGUGACUCCAAUAUCAGCCACUAUGGCAGCGCCAGCAGUUGCAAGCAUGGUUUAUAUACCAAGCAACUCUCCUGUGGUACCUAUUGCUGCAGCUCAGCCAGAAGUUGGAAUCAGCCCUUUUGUACCACGGCCAUCUGUGCCUGCUAAGUUUGCUCCAUACACUAAUUUGAUGGCUGUAAAUGGUGCCAGUGGUCAUCAAUUUUCACAGCCUAUUACGGGGAACAGAACACAGCCGCUUAGAUAUGCUGCCCAAUAUCAUCCUGUUCAGGCCACACCAACAUAUGUGCCUCCAAAUUCUCAAGCUGCUAUGAUUGGAAGACUUGGGCAGCUUGUCUAUGUGCAGCCAGUUGCUCAUGAUUUAGUUCAGAGUACAGCAACUAUGUCGUCUGUAUCUGCAUGUCCUCUGUUGACAUCACAUCAGGUCCAAUAUCCUAAGCACCAAGGGACGGCAGCAGGCCAGGCCUUGCAACUUUGUGCACCCCCACCUUUUGGAGCUGGUGGGCAGCAACCGUUUGCAAUGCCAAGCCACAUUCCUCUUUUGCAACCUCCUAUCCCUGCUAACCGGCCCGUUCCAGUUCCAGGAUCUAAUGCACUCUUCGGCGCCAAGUUUCCAUGAAUAUAUUCAUUGCUAUUGUGACUUCAAGAUUACUUCUUCAUGAAUGAUAAAAAUUUUGGUCCAUAGUUUUGAAAGAGCGUCCAAUGGAGGUACUUCAUUUUUUGUCCCUCUUAUACGUGGGAUUGCCAAUAUCAGAAGCGUAGUUCCUUUCUUUUUUGCCUUCUUGCUUGGCGGUGGGGAGUGGUGGAAGGUUGAAAAGGGAGAUGUAGUUGAGAACAUAGUCGAGGAGGGUUAAGAUGUACAAUAUGUUGAAACAGACGGAAAUCAUUUGGAAAAUUCUCUUCAUCUUGCCAUCACUAUUUGCGUUGUUGCUGGCAAGAUUGAAUAUAACCUAAUUCACCUCUUUUUAUCUUA